UUACAAGGAUUAUUUAAAACGUUGCAUUGUUUAACUUCUUUCCUGUGAUAGGAAACGGGAUAAUCAUUUUCUCCUGUCGCUGGUAAAAUAACAACACAUCUGGGAUCAUCAUUUCAUGUUAUAUCACUGAAGUCUGACCCGGCUGGAAAUUACACUAGUAUCAGUUUACACUGAAUCUAAUAGAAAAGACAUUUCUCGUGGAACAAGGUGACUAUUUUCUGUUUAUUUGUCUAUGUGAUGUGUGACAUGUGCAUUUGGAAAAGGACACAAUAUUAUACUGGACAAACCGAUCAUACCGCCAGAUAGGACAUUAAAUCGCCGGAAUAAAUUGGGCCCGAGAGAGCAUUUGUACAUGUUAAGAAUCCAAUAUUUGUUUAAGAGAAGAAUGCUGGCAAAUGAGAGAAGUGUCACUAGAGCUUUGACAGCGUCAUAGCUUUGUUAACAACAUAAAGUGUCUCAAAACUACAGAAAUAACAGUAAUUUACCUUAAUACAGAAAUGAAUAUGUACUUAAAAGGAAUAUGUUUACAUUUGGGAUUUGUUGAAAGUUGAAUUGAUGAAUUAAUGGAGAUAAAUACAUGUGUUGUGUGUAAAUGUUUUGUAAGUUUCUACAUAACGCAAGCAUGACUGCUAUAGAAGAACUACUCUUUAGGUUAUAGCUUCACGGUUUUUCUUUAGAUCAGGAAUGGACGUUCUGUGAUUGCUUGAACAUUACGAACUAUCAUUAGAAAAUCAAAACAAAUGGAGGUUACAGCAACAAUGGAUAAUACAUCCAUAACGACCUCUGUGGCACCAACCGGUGGCGUAAGAAUACCGAUUUAUUUAGACAACACGACGUACAAUAAUUUACAAACGCUGAGAAAGGGAUAUGCUGAGAUACACGGAUAUGUAAGUGUGGUGGUUUGUUUGUUUGGUAUCGUCGCGAAUAUUGCCAAUAUUGUUGUAUUAAAUAAGAAGAACAUGAGGACAUCAACAAAUGUGAUACUGAUGUGGCUGGCGGUAGCGGACCUUUGUACAAUGGUCGAAUAUGUUCCGUUUGCACUGCGAUUCUAUAUAUUCAAAGAUCCAGAUCUUGUAUUUCCGGAAAAUAAAUCAUAUAGCUGGAUGUGUUAUUUACUGUUCCAUGCCGAUUUUAGUUUGACAAUGCACUCUAUGGCAAUAUGGCUGACUAUUAUGCUAGCUAUUUUUAGAUUUUUGUAUGUAUUUACUACAAAAGGGAGCAUCUAUUGCAGUAUUAAACAUGCCAAAAUCAUUAUCCUGACUGUUUAUAUAUCAGCGGUUCUAGUGUGUAUUCCAAACUAUAUUUCAAAUUUCUGGAGUAGGAGUAACAAAACUAUAAACAAUGAAACAGUUAUGGUAUAUACUUUCUCACAGCGAAAGGAAGAAGACCCAGAUUUUGAAACAGUAUUUCGAAUCAAUUACUGGGUUCAGUCUAUAUUAAUAAAACUAGUACCGUGCUUUUUAUUGACGGUUUUAACAAUUUUACUUAUAACAGCAUUACACAAGGCUCAUAAGCGUCAUGUACAUCUGAAAUCUCAGGGCAUGCGCAAAGACGACGUCGAAAAACACAAUGAACAUUUCCGCACCACAGCCAUGCUUCUGGCUGUUGUCAUACUUUUUCUCAUAACUGAGUUGCCGCAGGGGAUAUUAACGUUGUUAAUGAUUUUUAUGGACGGCUUGCAAAAUGAACUAUAUAAUCCUCUCGGUGACAUUCUAGACAUAGUAGCAUUGCUUAACAAUGCAAUCAACUUUGUUCUGUACUGCACGAUGUCACAGCAGUUCAGAGACACGUUUGUCACGACGUUUUGUCGCUGUUUUACUAGGCGCAGUAACAACACUGAUGACACUGUUAAUAGUAAUGUUUCAAAAUGGGCCAAGCGACAUCUUAUAACAGCGAAUGGUAAUUCAACAAAAACGACGCAAUUACAAGAAAAUGGGCAAAUGGUGUGACAAAACAAUACGUAUUGGCAAUAUAAAUGGAUAUGCGCUUGACGAUGCACGAGUUUUUGUUCUCCGAUGAUUCUGUUUUCAUAGAUAAUACGUGCAUUAACUGUCAUUCACAUGUAAAAUAUACACUCAUUUCUCUUAAUUGUACAUAUAUUGCUGUAUGCAUACUGUACGUAGGUGUUGUUGAUUACGAAGACCAUGGGUUACAAUACGUUUGGGCGCAUGUCGAAAAUGGGGAGACAAUUACUUGGCCUAAAUGCUGUAAAUUGUGAUAAAUAUUGAAAUUAUCUAGUGUCUGUUCGUAGCCGAAAGAUUCAUUGUCUUGUAGUGACAUGGUUAUCGAUUAGUACAGGAGUUAUUCUUAUUAUCUUACGACUAUGUUAGCCUGUUUUGCAUAUUUAUUAUCUAAAUUGUCAAGAUGAUUUUAGAAACAUCUGAAAAAUGAUCGAAUGACCUGACCACAGGCCUCCAUAUUGUAAAUAAUGUGAUGUAAGUUGUAUGUAAAUACAAUGCUUAUUGAACACUGUAGAUAUUUUAUAAAGGACACAAUCGUUUACUGUUUGGUUUAAGUCUUAAGCAAACGCUGUAACAAACAAUUCGUUACACAUUAUUUAGUAAAGUAAAUGCGUUGAAAACGUCUAAAAUAAAGAUAUGACAUAGAAUAUACGUUUGUGGUUAAAAUGAUUUUUGUCUCGGAAUUAAAACAAAUAGCAUCAGUUGAAAUUUGCAAAGAUAUAUUUGCAGACUCAAUAUUGUGCGGUUAGAGCCACUCCUGUCAUUUCUCGUAUAAAAUAAAUAUAUUCAGUUUAAGUUCUGAAAACGGUUCCUCUGUUGAGUAUUAUUAUAAUGUAGUCUU